UCCGAAUUUCUCAGGAACUUCGGCUGAUUGGUUCAAAAGUUUUGUUGUUCUGUCAUUUACAACUUUUAACUUUUACAAUAUCUCGUUAAUUUAAUUCUUCAAUUGCUUCAAACUUUCAACGGAACUUUAAUCGUACAAGAACGUUCCUCGGCUUCUCAGUCUAUUCUGUUCUAUCGUCUCGUUAGUGUUUGUGGUGUUUGUAUUCUGUAUUCCAUGGAGAGAGACUUCGAUUAUUCUGGUGAAAAAUUAAGUUGGCCACCACCUCUACUUAUUUUACAACGAAAGAAAUUGUGUCAGUCGCCAAGCUCCUGAGGAAAUCAUCAUUUCAUUUUCAUCCUAUACUUAUUUCAUGAAGGACAAUGAACAAUCAAUUUAGUCUAUCCUAUUCGAGUAACUUAUGCAGACUUUGUGGUAUGCGAAAGUCCUUGGUUUUUGAUCUCUACAGCCCAGAUUCAAUGCAAAGUGGCCUUCUCACUAAGAUAAACACAUUUCUUCCAAAAGAUGUCAUUAGCCUUGAUGUUGGUGAUGCAUUGCCUAAACUAAUCUGUUCUGAUUGCAAAAUGACAAUAUAUCACUUCUCAGAAUUUGCGCAGAAUGUGAAGAAAGCCCAAAAUAUUCUCUUGGACCAAAUGUUACAGAAGAAGUCUCGUUUUACGAAUACAGCUAAGUGUCACACAACAGGUGUCAGUACCAGAUCCCAGCAAGUCGUGAUCAGUGUCGGCAGCGAUUUGAAAAUUCUCUGUGAAGAUUGUCAAACAUACCUUGAAGUCAGAGAACUUGCCACUUUACACCUUGUAACUCAUGGUCUAGGUAAUGUUAUUUGCAGCUGCCGUGAAUGUGGUCAUCGAGAUGAGAUUGGCUUUUUUCUACAAUCAAAUAAUGAUUCUAUUCUGUGUCCGCAGUGCUUAUUCGCAAACUUACAAACUAGCACAGUCAAUGUUUACAAUGAUCAUAGCGAGCCGAAAGUAAACAAGAAAGAGUCGAAAAAGGUAUACACUUGUGAUAGCUGUUCGAAAGUGUUUUACCAUAAAGGUCACCUUGAGCGGCACCGAUUAAUUCAUGACGGAUUGAGACCUUAUCUAUGUGAAACCUGCGGUUGUGGAUUUAACCAACGGUCAAGUUUAAAAACACACCUUCUUUCGCAUAAUAAACAAAAUCCAUUCACCUGUGACUGGUGCCAACAAUCUUUCAGAUUUAAAAUUUCACUUCAGUCACAUAUUUUAAACAUGCAUUCAUCAGCUUUGCCGGAAAAAAAGAGCCAUGAGUGUGACCAAUGUAAAAAACAAUUUGCCACCUUGCACAAGCUAAAACGACAUUAUAGGUGUCACUCCGGGGAGCGACCGUAUCAAUGCAAUGUCUGCAACCGAAGUUUCUCACAAAAGUUCAAUUUAAAUACACAUCUGAAGAAACACGAAGCAGUUGAUGAUUUUGAUGAAACAUUUACCUCGGAUCCCAUCCUGCAAAAUCCACCUCUAUCUUCCUACGAUCCUCAACCUAUGAUGGCUGAAAAGUGUUUCAUUAAUCUUGAUUCAGGAGUUAUCAAUCAUCAAAAUUAUUGUUUGCUUCCCUCAGAUGACUGUGCUCAAAGUAAUAAUCCAACCGGUGAUAUUUUUGAUAAUUAUAGUGACACUUAUUCUUUAUUUGUUGACCAGCCUCAAACCUCUAGUCAAAAAUUACUCCCAAUGUUUCCUAGUUUGAAUUCAAAUCCUGAGGUCUCACUGUAGUUAUACAUUGCAUGAUCUUCAGUUUUCUGAAAAUUAACUAAAAGCUACAGCCUAUAAAUGUAGACCUCUUACAGAGAGGUUCUUUCAAGAGAUGUAAGUGGGUGUUUUUGGGAAUAAUUUCCUGUCAGCCUAUGUAGGUUCUUUCAGGAAAACGUUCUGCCUAAUUUUAGCACAGAAAAGUGUUCAAGUAUUACUUCUUUUUGACUAAUGUAUUAAAAAAAUGUCCGAGUUUGCACUGAAUACAGAAUCAUAUGUAUUCAUAUAAUCUUUCUAUUGUAAGGAUUACAAAUAUUUCACGUGUGGGGGGGGGGGGGGGGCGUAGUUUUUCAAGCUGCGAAUUCAGAAAAAAAUACCUACCUUACGCUCUGUAAUUCAUAUAGUGCGAUUUCCUAUUUUGUUAUAGUGCAUAAUUUUCCUUUAGACAUUGUCUACUGAUUUGUAUUUUGUUCAUGUAUGUAAUUAAUACUAAAAUAAGUUUUUUUGUUAUCUAGUGUGUAAACGUAUUUAUACAGUGUUUCUGUAUAAAUUUUUAAGAACAAACAAGAAAAUAAAUAACUGAAAACUUCAAA